GGGGAGCUGGUGUUUCUAUUGUGGACACAGCCCAGCUACAGCCUGGAGUCCAAUUAGCAGAGAGCUUAGCAGGGGUUUUGUUUAGCUUAGCAACCGCCUGUGCAGCCCCAGGGGCCAGCCAGAGAAUCUCCAGCGAGUUUAGCCCAUAAUCCGUGCAUCCAACACUAGUCCUCUCCUUGAGCUCUGUGCCCCUGGUCCCUUGAACAUCUUACUACACUGUGGGACAGGAGGGAUUUCUCUUUGCAGAGGGUAACCAGCCUCCCUCUGUCGCCUUUACAUCUGUGGGUUCAUUGGAGAGGGUCUGUCAGACCCAUAAGGAACUAAACGCUGAAACAACGGAUUCCUGUGGGUGGAAAAAAAGACCUAGAAGCCUCGAGGAAGCUGUGUGCCAGGACCCCAGGACCCUCUGCUCGUCCCCAGAGCCAUCUGAUCCAGAUCGCUGCAGGGGGUGGUGGAUGGAGCCCUGCAGACCAGCACCUGGUGUCCUUGACCUCCCGGCGACAGUCACAGUAACCUCUCCAGGACCAAGGCAUGAAGGUCGCUGUGUUGGACCUGGGGUCUCUGUUUGCCAAGAUCUUCAAGCUCUCAACAGCAUCCCCGGCAGUCUCCAGCCACCCUGGAGGCGCGGCGGCCACAGGAUCAGUAGACUCCGGCGCCAGCACGUCGCUUAGAGAGGCUGAGACCCUGACUUUGCUCCCAUCUCUGCCUCCAGACACCGCGGCCUCACGGGAGCCCUUCACCCCGGUGCACACUCCGCUCCCUGCCUCGCACCCCAGGAGCUCCGCAGCUGCUCAAAGGGUAGAAGCAACAGGGUGUUCCGGAUCUCUGCCCAGCAGCUCAGGAGCAUCCAUAGCACCGCCCUUAACCCCCUACAGUGGCUCUGCCGGCUCAGUGGCUUCAGUGACUUUACCCAGCCCAGGGGUUGACUGGGCGACCCUGCCUUCUGUCACCAUCCCCUUGGGCAGCAACAGCGUCACAGCAUCAAGUCCACGGAACCCUCGCCAGCUGCGAGCUCCUGGAGAGCGAGAGCCCAGUGUAUGGAUGGCCCCGGGUCCGGUUCCCAAAACUCUGUUUUUCACCUUGCCUGACAUUGGCGAGGAAUGGACCUCGGACAGCGACUCCCAGGAUGACCCAGAAGGAAGGGGGCUCUCGGAAGGACUCAGGAAGCAGAGCUCUGAAAAGAGCAAAGAUCCUUUACCUACGAAUUUUACGAGAAACGUGCAGAAAGCCAUUGAUAAAUUCGCCAGCGAGUCCCCCUCAUCAUUUUCAUCCAGUGGGAGCCGGACGCCCACAGAGGCCCACAACUCAUGGCCUGGCUCUUCUACACAGAGCUCUACCACGGGAUUGUCUACGGAGCGGAGCUCGGUUUCUUCUUGGAGAGAUGAUGAAUUUGACAAAGUCAGUGCACAGAAAGUCCACCAGCUGUUUUGGGAGGUUGAGGAACUGCUAUUUGAAGGGAAAGUGAGUCCCCAGACCCAGAAUCUCCUGGCUGAAUGCAGCGAAUGGGCAAGAAGGUCCCUCCAUCUCAGGGUGGUAGGAAGACAGCUCGUCCCACCCACCGAUGAAGGCUUCCAACAUUUCCAGGGGAGCCUGCCUAGUUCUGCUACUCACGAAGCUUUACCUCAUGUCCCUGACCACACCAGCAGCAGCAGAGAGCUGUGUAUCUCUGGCUCUCAGAUAGUCCCUGAGGUACACUCAGCCUCAGCCCUGACAGACCCUGAUGGCACGGAAUCGGCUGACCUCACAUCAUGCUCAUCCCUGAAAGAAGAGGUGUACCAUGUGGAUGGAAACAUUGAAGAAUAUUUUGCCUUCGACAGAAAGCAGGAUGGAGAUGAGCAUCUUGGACAAAGCCCAGCACUCCGUGGCAGGAAGAGGCAUCGCCAUGGGCUUCCUCCCAUUUCCCCUGAUGACUGCAUCAGAGAUGCUGUGGCAGCAGAAGUGUUUGACCACGUGUGGACCAAUGUGGUAGAAAUCCUGGAAGACCUCAUUAGAAAAACCUGGGAAUCUGCACUCACAGGUGGGAAAAAACAUAAGGAAAAACUAAAAGUAGCUGAGAACAGAUCUCCACACGUGCUCAUGUCCCGUCUCAGCACCGAUGUUUGCAGUGUCCCCCCAUCCCGAAGCUCUGAUACGCUCCAGCCAUCCUUGGCUCCCCACUUUAACCCACCCCAGUUUCCUCAGCUCCAUCGCUUCUCCAGCAACUUCUACAGUGACUUGAGCGGUGUGAUGACGAUUCAAGCCAAACCACUCCAGCAGAGACCCACUUAUUCUGCAGAUAGAACACAAAAUGACCAAGAUGACAAACUGCCUGGAGGAGGGGUCGGAGCAUCUUCCCGGCACCGACUUGGCCGAAUUCUAGAUGCCCGAGGGCCACAGACUUCAGUCAAGAAGACACCAGUGCACAGGAGACUGCCUUCAAUUGCCUCAGACCCACAGAGGCUGAAAACCCCCACUGUCUACAGUGAUGAAAUUCUGAGAGGAACCAAACUGCAAACUGGCAUUGACUACCUGCCUUCCCCAGCAGCAGUGCAAACCUCCCGGAGCCGGUUACCCCCAAUAGGCUCUGAGACUGGGGAGCCCAACACGGCAGCCUCAGGGUCCCGCCCUGUUUCUUACAGGGGAAGGCACCCACAAAGCCGUGUGUUCAGCGCAAUGCCUGACAGCAUCGAACGGUCACCCCUUCGAGAAAGGACCAUUGUAUUGGAACAGCUUUCAAGGCCCAGCACAACACACACAUUCCGGUCAGACACACCUCGAAAAGGCUCCCUGACACCCGUGGAGUUUGUGGCUCACACUUGGACGGGUCAAAGUAUUUUGACAGGUUCACAGUAUCUGCCCAAAUCUUAUCAGAGGGCAACCCUGACUGCAAGAAAGAGGUUCCAAGUGGCCUCGUAAUGUUACUGCUUCAGAAUUAUGGACUUGCUAGAAGUUAUGAAGCCUUGGCCACACCAUCUGUCACGUGAAAAGCAGAGGAACAAGUACUAACUGGAAUAUAUAGUCAUCUCCCUGGCAAUAGGAGACGGCAGAAUACCUGAGAGGAACACAAGCGAAUAAGUAACUUGGUUUUGCAGACUUGUAAAGCAUUGUAAAGAGAAUAAAAGUUGAACUCCCUAACCUUAUGAGCAGCAUGCCUGAUGUUCCUUGGGCUUUAGGCUUUGCCUAAAAGACCCUAAUGUGCCCUUAAAUUUCAUAUUUAUAAUUAGUGUUUGCACACAGAUAGUAUUAGUGCAUUCCCUAAGAAGAUGCCAUUGUAACUCUAUACCAUUCUGUACAUUUCAGUCUCAAUCUUUUAGUGAUUCAUUCCAUCAAAACUAAGUAGCAGUCAUAUUUGAGACAAUUUAUCCAUUUGAGAAAUGAUUCAGGUUCUUCUAUUCAUUGUGCUGACUUUAAAACAAUUACUGUAUAUUCAAUGUAUAAAGUGAUGGGUUUCAUAAUGACAAGAUUUUUCAUAUCUUUGUUAUGGACUGUUUAGUUGUAAAUAUCAGAGAAAUGUCUUAUAAGACAAUCGUGUUAAAAUGCAAUGGUAAACUAGUUUUCUGUUGUCAAAUGUAGACACUGCUCUAAAAAGUAGCCCACAUUUAAAGAUGAAUAUAAGCAUAAUUAAAUUCUUUGCAUACGUGUCCAACAUUGGCAUUUAGGUUGACCUGUUUGACAACUGGACAGAGGAAUUUGAACAUCAGAAUCCUGACUUACAUCUUCCCAACCUAUCUCUGCUCUGAUGUAACUUCCUCAACACAGCCUCCCUGAGCCCUUGCUGAAGGCAGCAGGUCCUUCUACCCUCUGCCCUUCCCCUACACCGGAUUCUUCCGACUAUAUUGUCCAACCUGACCCUUACAGUCAGGGGAGUGAAGAAGACAAAGAAAUGUCAGUUGGAGGCCAGACCCCUUUCUGGUACUUAUUCCUGAUUCAUUCUCAUAUAAAAACAUCUUAAAUCGGCAUACUUUUCCCCUUUUAAUCAGACAAUUAUAUUACAAUAAUGUGAAUGAAUCUUAUUAAUCUAAAGGGAAAUGUUACUACAUACACAUUUAAACACAUGAUAGAUUGUUUUCAGGACAUUUCUUGUUAUAAGAAGUGAGGGCCAUUGUCUGCUUAGAGAUGCUUGAAAAUUGACCCCUCUGUGACGAGAAGAGUUGGAUCUGCUCUUUCAUAUAGAAUGACAAAUCAGAAGUGACUUCAAACCUUUGUUCCACUUGAUAGUUUCUAUUUCACUCUCUUCACUCCAGUUUCUGCAGCUAUGGGACAUGCUAGGGACAUGCUAGGAAAAUCAGUAGUGAUCAGGCUGCUGUAUUAAUACUUCAUUCCAGUUGGUCACUCUAAGGAGUGUGACCCUCUUUGCCUAGGGAAUGUGGUUAGGGCUCAGUUUCUCACACCAAAGCAUUUGGGGCUUUAUCUGAACUAUUUCUCAUCAUAAGUUAUGGAAGCACUUCAGAGAAAAUAUCAGUCUUCAUGCAGCUGCUCUCGAUGUCUGGAGAGAGAGUGGCUGCCAUCCUGCUCACCAGUGCCUGGCUGGCUGCUCUGUGGUCCACCAUUGCUAAGAGAGCUACCUACUGUGAUCUCACAUCCAAUCAGCUCACUUCAUAUCAAUCCCUAGGUGCCAUCUGAUGGUUUCCUGCUCAACCCAAAGUCUGAAAAGGGUGGCUCACAGCACAUCUGACAAUAAGGUAGUGACUCCAAAAUAAUUUGUUUUUCCUUUCAGAGAGCCACCGAAGUGAUUUCAUGGCAACCCUGCUGUGUUUGCCUUCAGAGGUUUGCAGUUGGAAAUGUGUUCAUUGUAUCAGCAAAGUAAUGGAUUAAAAAUAGGAAACAGGUACAAUUUUUAAUCAUUUAGGCAUUUUGAAUGGAAAGCAAAAUACUCUUAAAUGGUAUCUAAAAACUCAGAGGUCUUGCUGAAUCUAAAAUCAACCUUUGCCACGAACUUAUUUCCAUGACUGUGUUAAACGUAUUUCAUUUAUAGGUGAAAUGGGAUGCAUACGUUAGUAAAUUAUGCACAUGUAAGGGUGGUGCUGUGUAGACCAAAAAGGGAAGUAUCAGGGGAUACAAUUUUACAAUAUUCUACUUCCGUAAAUGAUUCUUAUCAUAGGCUGUCUGGUAAAAAUUGAAAAUGGAAAAUCACUUCUGAGAAAAACAUUCAAAUACAGGUUAGCGACUGCAUGAAUUAAGAUAACUGUAAUCUAUCCCAAGCCAAAGAAUGAGGGGAUUUUAAAAACAAUUCAAGAAAAUAUAAAAUUUAAUGUAAAGUGUCUAGAUUAAUAAAAAAUAUAUCUAGAUAGAUAGAUAUAGGUCUGAAGAAGCAUGCAUCUUUAUAUUUGUGCUUAUCUGAACUUGGAUAGAAUCUCUUUACUAGUUGAGAGGUUCAUUUUUUAAUGCCAUAAAUGAUUUCAGUAUAUUUUUACUAUCGUUGUUUUCUAAUAACGAUGGAUGAUUGUUCAGGAGUUUUAAUCAUUUAAUUUUUAAUAAAAUAUAAAAUGUUAAAAAGGUU